AGCCGAUAAAAAAGUCACUGCCGCAAGUUUUACCAGUAGUUGCAGAUUUACCUUCACUUCAAUCUGUCAGGAUUUUUCCGGUUUUAAGCUCGUUGACCCCAAGCUCAUCAGCGGCUGACGAUGUAAACCUUAAUAGACCAGUCAUGGCUGCUGCAGAUGAGAUAAAUGAAGCUACAUCAGUCACAGAAGAAGAGAUUCAUCCCCUGAAGACUUUAGAAGAACUUCUCAAAUGGCAGGAACCAAAGAGCUGUGUUGAAGAGAUACAGCAUGUUACACAAUUAUGUUCUUCCACUUGUUCAAACUCAUCAGCUCAUCCUCUCACUCUUGUGUGCCAUGACAUGAAAGGAGGCUACUUAGAUGAUAGGUUCUACAAGGGAUGCAAGAACAAGGAUGCAUAUAGGUUCUACAGUUGGUCUGGUGUUAAUGCAUUUACAUACUUUAGCCACUCUCUAGUGACUAUACCCCCUCCAGGUUGGAUUCAUGCUGCACACGUACAUGGGGUUAAAGUUCUAGGAACAUUCAUCACAGAGUGGGAUGCAGGUGCUGAAAUUUGCAAUAAAAUAUUGGCUGACAAGUCAUCAGUUCAGAAUGUAGUACUGCAGUUGACCAGAAUAGCCAAGUACCAUGGGUUUGAAGGAUGGCUUCUUAAUAUUGAAAACAAAAUAAACCCUGAACAGAUUGGCAGAUUAACUGACUUUGUUGAAAGACUGACGUCCUCUAUGAAGGAAGUUUGUCCUAAUGCGCUGGUCCUGUGGUAUGAUAGUGUCACUAGAGAAGGAGAACUGAAAUGGCAGAAUGAGCUGAAUGAAAUGAACAGGUGUGUUUACUCAUGAAUAAAGUACAGGAGAUAGAAUAUUGGUAAUU